UCUAAAAAAAAAAAACUCAUCUCACUGCAACACCACCACCAAGAUAACAAGAUAAACCUCUAAACUUUCCAAGCUAAAAACCAAAACCACCCUUCACACUUACUUCCUCAAAUCUUCAUCAAACUCCAUCUAUCCGCAACAAUGUCUUCUCUUUCUCUUCUCUCACAACCCAAUUUCCUUUCCCUCACAACACAACCACCAAACUGUAAUAACUUGAAACCCAAAACGACAUUGUUCUUUCAAUCGGCACCUUCUUCUCUCACACGCCGUUUCAGGAGAUACGUAACGGUUUCUGAACAAGCAACGGCGAGUUCUCCGGCGGUUAGAAAGCUUUACGUUGGUAACAUUCCUCGCACUGUUGAUAAUGAUGAACUUGCUCAGAUUGUUCAAGAACAUGGCGCUGUUGAAAAGGCUGAGGUCAUGUAUGAUAAAUACUCUAAAAGGAGCCGUCGCUUUGCAUUUGUUACAAUGAAAACCGUUGAGGAUGCGAACGCAGCAGUUGAGAAACUCAAUGGCACUCAAAUUGGAGGGCGUGAGAUUAAAGUGAAUAUAACCGAAAAACCUUUAACAACAACAGGAGGUUUGUCACUUCAGGCUGAGGAAUCCCAAUUUGUUGACAGUCCCUACAAGGUAUAUGUGGGAAAUCUGGCUAAAAAUGUAACAUCUGAUAUCCUUAAAAAAUUCUUUUCUGAAAAAGGAAAAGCUCUCAGUGCCAAGGUUUCACGGGUUCCUGGGACCUCAAAAUCCAGCGGUUUUGGUUUUGUUACAUUUUCAUCAGAUGAGGAUGUAGAAACUGCUAUCUCUUCUUUCAACAACGCUUUGUUAGAAGGUAAAAAAAUCCGUGUGAAUAAGGCGUAGAGAAUGAGCAACGUAGCAGAGCAUGUUUGAUCUUGUGUCCUAUACUUUGGGGAAGCCAAAAACAAGCAGAUUGUUCUCUUUUCCAGCACAAACCUUAUCAUUUUCAACUGAUGGAGUUUCAAGAAGAAUCAUGAGAGUAACAUAGUGCUUAAUGCACCUCAGGUCCCUGUAGCCCAGAAUGAUUUUGAGACCUCACUACUUUCUCCAUGAGAGUAACAUUGUGUCUAGUGUUGUUAACGUAUGCGUGUAUUCGAUUCCGUAUAUUUUGUAUGAAUUUUAUGAACAUUCACUAAUGCUAAUGUUGGAGUUUUUGUGCAA